UUUUGCUCUCUUUUAUCCCUCUUUCUCUGAUUCUCGCCGCCAAGAAAAAUGGCGGGAUUUGGUUUGCAAUUCAAGAAGCUGAAGGAUCGGAAGAACCCCAAAUGGCUUGGAUCGCUGCUGAAGAAGAAGUUCUUUAGGGUUUGUGAGGAUCAUCGGAGUGCUCGGAAGAGUGAGAUGAACAUCUACUGCAUCGAUUGUGACCUCUGUAUGUGCUCUCACUGCUUGGUUUCGCCGGCGCGGCCGUCCGGUGGUCAUCGAUCGCAUAAGAUCCUUCAGAUCCGGCGAUAUAUCUAUCAGGAUGUAAUUCGAAUUCUUGACAUGCAGAGCCUCUUGGAUUGCUCCGGUGUUCAGCCGUACACAGUGAAUAAUGCGAAGGUGGUGUUACUUAGACGUAGGAAGCAAUCUAAACCGUCGAGAGCUUCCACAUCAUGUGAGAUGUGCGGCCGAGCUAUCACUGAUCCCAAUCGUUAUUGCUCCAUCGCCUGCAAGGUUUCAAAAGGGCCAACCAAAAUGGUUCCAUCUUCACCGUCAAUCUCAUCUCUUGAUGGUGAUCACGAGGCGGCUGAGGAGAUCUCGUGCUGUGUUUCCUCAAUUGAACCCCAGCCAUCGGAUUCGAGUGAGGUGGCGAUGAGGAGAAAGAUCAACGAUCGUAAAGGCAUCCCAAAGAGGGCCCCAUUGUUCUGAAUCUGAAAGGGGAAAUUAUAUAUAUAUAUAUAUAAAUCUAUAAAUUAAAAGAUGUCGGCAUUUGGUGGAAAAUAAUUAUUAAUUUAUUGAGCAGGGUUUUGUGAUUGCGGAUUUAUGUUUGGGGAAGUGUGAUGAUUGAUUGGAACUGGGCCGUUGGAUGGGAAGAGGUUGGUGUGGUGGCCGACAAACAGCCGUGAUUCGUUGGGUCCCGUUUUCCGAUGUUAAGUGCCGUCAUUUCGUUGGAUUGUUGUUGCUAAACGGGUCGGGUUUGGUUCGAUUUCUUGAUCUGAAUCCGCGAAAUAUAUAUAUAUAUAUAUAAUGCAUCAA